UCUCUCUCUUCACAUUCGCUUCAAUCUCAGUUCCUCUUUCGAUCCGCGCCCUUCUUCACAAUCUACCGAAUCGUACAAUGGUACUUCCGCAAAGCCCUAACUCGUCGCCUUGUGACUCAGUGCCAACUCUCCGAUGAUCAUGGAACUCAACGAUUCCACCGGCGGCGACCACAACAACAACGCGCCGCCGCCGCCGCUUCAGCAGCAGCAGCAAGACUCUCGCUCUGGUCUUGGAAUCGACCUCAACGAGAUCCCUUCCCCUUCUUCUUCCUUCGCGGAAACCCUACCGGACUGCGCCGUCGACAUCGUCCGCGCCUACCACGAGAACCCCGCCCCUCCUCCCGGCGGACCCGCCAACCUCCCCCGAGGCUCCCCUCCCUGCGUCGCCUGCGGAAAGCCCGGCGGCGGCGGCGGAAGCCACGUCGUCUGUGACGGCUGCGAGCGCUGCUUCCACUUGGCCUGCGCCGGGAUUCGCGGCGGUGGUCGCCAGGUAGCGAACAUCAGCGAGUGGGUGUGCGGCGAGUGUGUCUCCGGCGGGGUGAAGAGUAAGCGGUGGCCGUUGGGUGUCAAGUCCAAGCAGCUUCUUGAUAUUAACGCUUCACCGCCCAGUGAUGCCGACGGUGACGGUGGUGGUGAGGAGUUGCAGGAUUUGAGAAAGCACACUCCGGGUGAUAAUUCUUUUGGUGCCAAUCCAUUUGGUGCCCCAGUGACCUAUUCAAACUUCUACAACGGGAGUGCUUUUGGCUUCCAAAAGGCAUCUGGAGUUGUGACACAUGCUGUUAGAGUGGGUUUUGAGGAUAUAUUGAAUCAUACCCAGUCGAUGAGUAAAAGCUUUGAGGAGGUAUAUAUGAAUUUCCCUCUUGGAAUUCAUAGUAAUAAUAAUACAGCUAUUAGAAUACCAUCUCAGAGUCCAAAUGAGAUAUUUUUGCAGGCUCUUAGAGAUUUUAUAUCUGAAAGGCGUGGUGUACUACAGGAAGGUUGGCGAGUGGAAUUUAGACAAUCACUGAGCAGCUCUGAAUUGUAUGCAGUUUACUGUGCGCCGGAUGGAAAGAUAUUUGAUUCUGUGUAUGAAGUAGCUUGUUAUCUGGGUCUAACUUCUGGCUACAAUUCUAUGGAAUCUGAAAUAAGAAAUGAGAGGUCUCUCCCUUCUGUAGGUGGGCCUCACCUAUGCAGAAAAAGAAAGUCAACAAGAACUCCAGUAGCCAAUGGUUUUGCUGAAAAGUGGGGAACUUUGACAAAUAGUAAUUGCAAGGAUCUUCCUUCUGAUUGUUUAGGUGUGGAAUGUGCUAAUGCUCGGGGGAAUAUCCUAGAAGUUGCAGAAAUUGGAAGAAAAGAGGAUGAUCGCUCUGGCCCUCAGCAAUCUGCUGUAAGUGAAUCUAGUUCACAUCUUCUUGAUGGACUUCCUUUACAGUUCAAGGACUUUUUUGUUCUUUCUUUGGGAAAACUUGAUGGUAGACCUUCAUAUUAUGAUGUUAACCUUAUCUGUCCUAUAGGUUAUAAAUCCUGUUGGCAUGAUAAGAUUACUGGCUCUCUUUUUACAUGUGAAGUUCUGGAGGGUGGUGAUUCUGGACCUAUAUUUAGGAUCAGAAGGUGUUCCUGUUCAAAAUUUCCUGUUCCAGUUGGGUCGACCAUCCUCUCAAUGUCAAGUCUUUGUCAAUUUGUGAGUCAAACGAAUGAAGGUGAGAGAAAGACGAUUGAUAGUAUGGAUUUAGAUGGUGAUGAAAGUAUCCAGAUGAUCCUUUUAGACCCUUGCGUUCCAACGGAAAAUGAUGUCUUGAGUUGUCUUGCUAGUUGCUCGAAUGAAGCAUGUGAUACUCACACAUCAGAUGUAUUACAGCCUGUUGCUGGUUCAGUGCAAGAUAAUACCAGGAAUUCAUCAGCUGAUAACUUGGGGUUUAUUGAUGGAAUUGGUGAAAUUUUGGUGGAAGAGCGGUCAUCGUCCUCAGCAUGGAAAGUUAUUUCCCAAAAGUUAGUUAAUGCUUGCAAGGAUAUCUGCAAGCAGAAAGGAGCUCUCAAGCUUUAUUGUAAACAUGUUGAAAAUGAAACAUGCUUCCAUAAAUGGGAUAUAAGGAAUGGCAAAAGCAAUAUACACUUCACAUCUUUGGAUAAAUUUUGUUGUUCACUUGGUUCGGUCAGCAUCCCAGAUGUAAUUUAUGCUUACAAUGAUCUGGAAAGUCUCUAUGAAGGCUUAGGAAAAUGGUUGGAGCAGGAUAGAUUUGGAUUAGAUGUUGAAUUUGUGCAAGAAGUAUUGGAACAUCAGCCUGGUUUCCAAGACUCUCUUCAGUAUAACAUUCUAAAUAGUAGAAGUAAUAGCUCUUCAUUGCCAACAGUAGAAAAUGGUUUCCUAGAGGUUGAGUGGAGAGGUGGAUCAAAAUAUCAGGAAGAAGAAGCAGUUCAGGGUUUAUAUAGGAGGCUCAAGAAUGUGAGAUUGACUGAAAAAUGCAUUAAGGAAGAUCGUUGUCCACCUCCUGGGAAGCCAAUAUGCUCUAAAGCUCCUAGUGAACUUAUUGGUGACAUUUUUCAGGCUUGGGAGCUUUUAGAGAGAUUUCAUGAAAUUCUGGACCUGAAAGAACCAUUGUCAUUGUAUGAGCUAGAGAAGGAACUUAUCAACCCUUGGUUUGAUGGAUUGGAUUUUCUUGAGAAAUCUGAGAGGGAAACAGAUGGAAGUCAAUUUUUAAGUUUGCAGGGAGCUGAUAGUAAUUGCAGACCAAUAUUGUCCCCAAGAUGUGAAGCUGGACCAUCAGGUUCCGCAGAAAGUUCCCAUGCAUUUAUUCAAGUGGAAACGGAAGCAAUGAAAGAGGCAGCUCAAGUUAAGCUUGCAUCUUUCACCUAUGCGAGAUGCUUUGGGGUAGCGUUGACCAAGGCUCAUAAUUCAUUGCUAAGAGUGCUAAUAGGUGAACUGCAAUCAAGGGUGGCUGCUCUGGUGGAUCCAAAUUCUGAACCUGGAGAGACACGAACAAGACGGGGAAGAAGGAAAGAUAUAGACUGUGCAUUUCCUGCUAAACGAACCAAGCUCAAUAUGCUUCCUAUUAAUGAAUUGACUUGGCCAGAAUUAGCUCGGAGAUAUGUCUUGGCUUUCUUAUCAAUGGAUGGUAACCUUGAGUCUGCGGAAAUUACUGCUCGUGAAAGUGGUAAAGUAUUUCGCUGCUUAAGAGGCGAUGGUGGUUUGCUAUGUGGUUCCCUUACUGGUGUAGCUGGGAUGGAAGCAGAUGCACUGUUACUUGCGGAGGCCACAAAGAAAAUAUUUGGUUCUUUGAGCAGAGAAAAUGAUGCACUAACCAUGGAAGAAGAGGAGUCUGAUGCAAAGGGUGCAUCUGAAAAAAUUCUGGGGAAUGAUGGUAUUAUUCCUGAAUGGGCGCAGGUGCUGGAACCUGUCAGAAAGCUACCAACAAAUGUGGGAACCCGAAUCAGAAAGUGUGUUUAUGAAGCUCUGGAAAAGAAUCCACCAGAGUGGGCAAAGAAAAUACUGGAGCAUUCAAUUAGUAAAGAAGUGUACAAGGGGAAUGCAUCUGGACCAACGAAGAAAGCAGUUCUUUCAGUGUUGGCUAAUGUAAAUGGUGAAGGAUCGCAACAGAAUCCCAAUAAAGGAAGGAAAAAGAAGAUUGUUGUAUCUAUUUCUGAUAUUAUCAUGAAACAAUGUCGGAUUGUAUUACGUCGUGCAGCUGCUGCAGAUGAUUCAAAGGUUUUCUGUAAUUUGCUGGGAAGAAAACUAAUAAAUUUUUCCGAUAAUGAUGAUGAAGGGCUUCUUGGACCCCCAGCUAUGGUGGCCCGUCCUCUUGACUUCCGGACUGUUGACCUAAGGUUGGCUGCUGGAUCUUAUGGUGGAUCUCAUGAAGCUUUUCUGGAGGAUGUUCGCGAGUUGUGGAACAAUGUUCGUGUUGCUUUUGGGGAUCAACCUGACUUAGUUGAACUGGCUGAAAAAUUAUCCCAGAAUUUUGAAUCGUUAUAUAAUGACGAGGUUGUUACCCAUGCCCAAAAAUUUGUGGAGUAUGCUAAAUUGGGAUGCUUAAGUGCAGAAAUGAGAAAAGAAGUUCAUGAUUUUAUUGUGUCAACGAGUGAGAUUCCAAAGGCCCCUUGGGAUGAGGGAGUCUGUAAAGUAUGUGGCAUUGACAGGGAUGAUGACAGUGUUCUACUAUGCGAUACUUGUGAUGCUGAGUAUCAUACGUAUUGCUUGAAUCCUCCACUUGCAAGGAUCCCUGAAGGAAACUGGUACUGUCCUUCUUGUGUUGAUGGUAAACAUGCAACUCAAGAUGUUACAGAACGUAUACAGAUUAUUGGAAAACAUAAAAGUAAAAAAUUCCAGGGAGAAGUUAAUUCUCUUUACUUGGAAGCUCUAACUCAUUUAUCAGCUGUACUCGAAGAAAAAGAAUACUGGGAGUUCAGUGUGGGCGAGAGAACUUUCCUUAUCAAGUUUUUAAGCGAUGAGUUGCUUAACUCUUCCCUGCUACGCCAGCACCUUGAGCAAUGUGCAGAGUUGUCUGUUGAGUUACAUCAGAAAUUGCGUGCACUUUCUGUAGAGUGGAAAAGCCUGAAAACUAAAGAAGAUAUUUUAUCAACAAAAGCUGCAAAAAUUGAUACAUUCUCACUAAAUACCGCUGGAGAAGUUGGUCUUAAGGAAGGAUUUACAGCUUUGUUCUCAAAUAGUGGUAAGUGUCUGGGGCAGCCUCAAACUGUAGUUGACAAUCCUAGUAAUUUUGGGGUAUUUGUUGAUAGUCUGCCUUCAGAAGUGACUGCCAAAGAGAAGUACAGGUUCAAUAGUGUUGAUAAAACUGUACCAGUGACAAAUUCAGAUUCUGAUAGCCAAAAUCUGAAUUCCAUAGAUUUAGAGGGACAACUUGGGAGUGCCUCUGUGGCUGUGGAGUCUCAAUGUACUGAUAGAUCCCCCAAGUCUUUUGCAUCACCAAAUCAUCUGCAUGAAGAAAUAAAUGGUUCUGGUGGAGCAGCUCAUAUCCAGGUUAACCAACAGAAAUGUGAGGGAAGGGACAUCUCUACUCUUGUGACAUAUCAGCAAGAACAAUGUGUGCCUGUUGAUGUUCCUCAGAUUGCUAUGAAUGAGUCAGAACCCUUCCACCUCGAGCUCAGUGCCGUCAAGCGUAAUAUUUCAUUACUGCAGGAUUCCAUAACUAGCGUAGGAUCACAGCUGCUGAAGCUCUCUGUUCGCCGGGAAUAUUUGGGCAUUGAUUCUAUUGGUCGACUGUACUGGGCUUCGGCUAUGCCCAGGGGACGUUCACGUAUAGUUGUUGAUGCAAGUGCUGCACUGCUGCAUGGAAAAGGAAGGGAAGUUAGCAGAGACACCGUGGAGAAGUUUCCUGUUCUGCAGCGUUGUGCACUAUCUGACAAGGAUAACUGUAAGAUGUUGGGGGUGACCAAAGACUCCUCUUCUUUAAUGUCUCAACCAAGUGAUGCUUUGGGCAUUUGUUCACCAUGGAUUGCUUAUGAAACUGAUGCAGAAAUUGAAGAGAUCUUAUGUUGGCUGAAUGAUAAUGACCCUAAAGAAAGAGAACUGAAAGAUUCCAUUAUGCUGGGGCCAAAAUCAAGAUUUCAGGAGUUUAUUAAUGCACAGACUGAAGUUCAGGCUGAGGACCAAGGACCUAUUUCUAUGCCAGGAAAUAGUGAGAAAACAUUAUCUAAUUCUCUUGUUACAAAGGCGACGUCCUUGCUGGAAAAGAAAUAUGGUUCCUUUUUUGAGUGGGAUACCAUUGAGGUGUUGAAGAAGCGAAGCAAAAAGGCCAGAACAACUAAUGAUGAAAAAAUGUAUAGGUGUGAGUGCCUAGAACCCAUAUGGCCUUGUAGGAAACACUGCAUGUAUUGCCACAAAACUUUUUCAAGUGAUGUUGAAUUGGAGGGACACAAUGAUGGCAAAUGUAAUGCAGGUCUGAUGAUGACCUUGGAGAAGAAUAAGGAUAAAAAUGGAUCUUCCAAAGGAAAAGGGAACUCAAAAUGUGAUACCUCACAUGGAAAAUUCAAAGGUGGUGCAGAAACAGCUGGAUCGUCAAUUAAUGAAAAUUAUAAGCGUUGCUCAAGAUUGAUUAAAUUUUCAAAUGAAGAAUCCACAUGCCCAUUUAACUUUGAAGAUAUAUGUUCCAAGUUUGUGACAAAUGAUUCCAACAAGGAACUUGUCAGAGAAAUAGGUCUUAUUGGUUCAGAUGGUAUUCCAUCCUUUGUUCCUUCCAUCUCUCCUUUUGUUAGUGAGUAUACGCUAUUCUCAGCUCAAAAGGAUGAUAGCAUUGAUGGUGGUGCAUCCAAAGCUUCAGAGAGCCGGGUUUUUCAAGGAAGCAAUGAUGGAGCUGGCAUAUGUCAUGACCUUAAAUCCAGCAUAUCUCCUGGAAGGUUAGCUGCAAAUGAAAGCAAUAAAGCAGGACAAUCCAACAAAUCAUCGUUGGGAGAACAAAGAGAUGGAAAGUUCUCUUUUUGUAGUCCUGCUUCAGAUAUGGUAGUUGAUGGCUGCUGUGUGGUCCCUUCAUCUUCGUUGAGACCAUUAGUUGGAAAAGUUUCUCAUAUUUUAAGGCAACUGAAGAUUAAUCUACUUGAUAUGGAUGCUGCACUCCCAAAAGUAGUUCUGAGACCAUCAAGGGCACAGUUGGAUAGAAGACAGGCCUGGCGUGCAUUUGUUAAAUCUGCAGAGACUAUAUAUGAGAUGGUUCAGGCAACAAUUACACUGGAGGAUAUGAUUAAGACAGAGUACUUAAGGAAUGACUGGUGGUACUGGUCAUCAUUCUCUGCUGCUGCGAAAUCUUCUACUUUGCCUUCCCUUGCCCUUCGCAUAUACUCCCUUGAUUCAGCCAUUAUAUAUGAGAAAAUGCCCAAUUCAAGUUUUACUGACAGCUCUGAACCUUCUGCGAUAGCAGAACAGAAACAGCUGAUCACGGUGGAUGCAGAGAAAUCUAAAGCAAGCCGGAAAUCGAACAGGAAAAGGAGGGAACCGGAUGGUUGAUCUCAUACUUAUUCUUUGCUGAGGAAAUCAGAAAGCUGGUCAUUUAAGUGGUGUGAUAUGAUCAUCCACUGAUAUUUGAAUUUGGAUGGAGAAGCCAUGGGACCAGCUUCAGGUUAUUAAAGGGGGCAGCCACAGCUCCUGGUGUCACUUGCGUGCUUGUACAUAUAGGUAAAACUGACCUGCUAACUCGGGUGCUGGUUUUUGGCUAAGCAGAAUUUGUAGAAUUAUAUGCUUUCAGUGAGGGCACCAGUAUGAGGGAAUUAUGAGGAUGCGUCCAAUUUUGAAAUGAUUUCUGCUGCAGCUGUCCAAUUGGUUGCUCUAUAGCAAGAAGUGAUAUUACAUUUUUCAUUUUCUAGCAGAGUCUGAUCCAUAUAUGUAUACAAAUGGAACUAAUGUAAAGAAGGAAUAGGAAAAAAAAAAGAAUUAAAAAAAGGAAGGAUGGGAAAGAAGCCAGAAAAUGUCAAGUUGAGCAGUGUAGGCAAUAUUUCAUUCUUUAUACAUUUUCUCUCUCACCCCUAAAAAAGUCCUGCACACGCGUGCCUUUGAUUUUGUUCUUGGGCAUCUGCAGAUGUGUUAGAAUGCAGGGGAGUUAUUGGAAUCAAUGCAUUUUUCCAUCUGCUUUAUUGUGCAAACCUAG